CUUUAAACUGGGGAUGCGAUCCUACCAUAAAAAGCGGUCAGUGGGCUUUUGGCAGGAGAACAAGACUCAGAAAUUUUGCAAUUUUUAUUUAAAAUGGGAAUAAAUGCAGGUCUCGUUAUUGCGAGUUGUGUAAUUAUAGGACUUGCCAAAGCUUCAUCCCCUGAUACCCGAGAAGUUCAAUACUUCAUCGUCAAUGCGUACAAUUUACCAAGGAAGGACCCCUUUGACGCGAGUGACCCUUUCUUGCUUAUUAAGAAUGGCUCAGGUCACACCGUUUAUCGGACAGAUUGGCAACUCAACAGGGUAAACGCCACCUUCGACCCUGUCUACUUUAACGUGCUGCCCAACGAGGUGUAUCAUAUCGAUGUCCGAGAUUACGAUGCACUCACUGCGGACGAGACUUGCGGUAGUGUACACGUACGGGGAAACAACUUGGUGGGAGGUAAUCACCCAUUAAGAAAUCCGAUGGGUGGGUGGGUCGUUUUUCGGUGGAUAAUAGUUCCCACCCAGCCUCCCACGACUACAACGGUGGGGACAACUACUACUCGAACCACGACGACGGAGCAAACCACAACUACUACGACGACACCAAGAACGAGCACGACAAGGGAGCCGGACUGCGUUCGAUGUACCGCGCCAAGGUUUGAACUUGCCGUUGGGUUUCUGGCACUUGCGGGAAUUUUGAAUGCUAAGUUUUCCUUGUGAUGAGCAACAUAGUUUCAUGAAGUCAAGCUAAAUUUAAACUGCCAUUCAAUGCGUAGAGUUAAGUGAGGAUUUAUUUAAUCUAUUUAUUUAAUCUAUUUAUGGGUAUAUUAGAGAAAAUACAUUUGAUAUUUCAAUACCAAUUUUUUAAAAUACGCAUAAAUAUUAGUUUGGCAAAAAGCUCAAAAGGUUUCGAUGCACAUAGAUACAUAACGCAUUCGGGGCAUAAAGUAUAUGCAAUUUGUACAUUAUAUGCAAAUGCAUUAAGAUAACCACAUUACUGACAUAAUAAGUGCCAAUAAAUUCGCAAAUAUGUACAUACAUAUGUCAAAUGUAUGUAGUAAGUUGCGACGUAAUCUAAUUUAUGACUCCUGUGUAAUCAAUUUUUUUUUCAAAUACUAAUCGUACGUACAUAAUUGAUCCAUAAUCAUACGAUGCUAUAUGCUAAUUUUAUUUAAUACAAACCUAAUUUCAUUUUAUUCAACACAUUCCAAGUCAUGUCAUAAAUAUGCGAUUUACAAGAAAAUAAAUUAUUUCAUAAAAUUCAUGCAAUCCGUA